AUAACAUGCUCCAAAGCAGCAGAAGAGGCAAAAGCAGCGGAUGCAUUGGCUGCCCUUAUGCAUAGCCCUAGUUUUCUCCUAUAUAUAGAGGGCUUGUAUUUGUAAUCUUGACACCACAAGUGAAAUAAAAAAAAUCCUCCUGUGUUCCGUUUCUCUCGUUUCUCGCAGAUAUUUGUGUGUGUUGUGUGUUGUGUGUUUAUUUACCAACAAGUGGUAUCAGAUCUGAGAAGAAGCCGCUGCCGCCGUCAGCCGCGCGGAGCAGCCGCUGAUCCGUCCAGGCGCCCCCGCGGAGGAAUCGUCCCACAACCGGACGUCGCCGUCGCUGGAGGAGAAGUGAUUCUGUCGAGCGAGACUGCCGCCGGGUUGAGAAGGUGCCGCCGCCCUCCGUCCAGCCGUCAACCGCCGUCUGUGAGCAGGUGUCGUCCGACCGCUCGCCGAGUAGCCACCGUCGUCCUGCCAGAGAGCCAUCGCCGUCCGCAGAUUUGUCGCCGUUUGGAGAAGGUGUAGCCGCUGACCCAAGCCGCCGCUGAGGAGUCGUCCAGAUUGCAGCUGCGGUUACCCAGUAUUUCCAGCCGCCGUUUCCUGCGAAGAAGAAGAGGCCACCGAGCAAAAAAAAGGGUUUUUUUUCUUUGGGCAGGUACGGAGCUUUGGCAGAAAGGAAAAAAAAAGGAAGAAAGGUAAGUGGGCUAUUCUUUUCUUAUUGGGUUUUUAUCAGAUUUGAGCCGUAAAUUUCCUUGUUGGUGGUUAUUGGACCUGUUUUUGUUUUGGCUAAUUUAAUUGGUGUGGUGGGCCUGAUUUUCUGACGAAAAAAUACGAAGAUCUGAAAUUAGUUGUACCGGGUAUCUCGUCUAGUCAUUUGAGAUGGCAAAAGAUGGGAAGUUCUGAAUAGAGAAGUUCGAUGGUACAAAUUUCAGUUGGUGGAAGAUGCAAAUUGAAAAUUUGCUGGUUCAGAAAGAUUUGGACGUGGUUUUGGGUGACAAGCCAGAAAAGAUGUCGGAUGCAGAUUGGGCAGGUUUGGAUCGGAAAGCUAUGUCUGUGAUCCGUCUCUCGUUGACCAAGAAUGUUGCGUUCAACAUUCUAAAGGAGAAGACAGCGAAGGGAAUUAUGGAACCGAUGUCUAACAUGUACGAGAAGCCAUCUGCAGUGAACAAAGUUUUUCUGAUCAGAGAGCUGGUGAACACAAAAAUGAAAGAAGACACUUCAGUUACCGAGCAUAUUAAUAAGCUUAAUUCGAUCUUAGCCAGACUUUUGUCAGUGGGCAUUAAGUUCGAUGAUGAAGUUCAAGCUUUGCUACUGCUAUUGUCUUUACCUGAUAGUUGGUCUGGAACGGUUACAGUAGUUACCGGUUCAGUGGGACCCGAUGGAUUCACCUUUGAUCAGAUUCGAGAUCUCGUUCUUGGCGAGGACGUCAGAAGAAAGAGUUCUGGAGAGUCAUCUGGUGAAUUGUUAUAUGUUGGCAGAGGUAGAAGAAAUAGCAGAAGUAGUGGGAGCGAGAACAGACGAAGGAGUCAGUCGAAGACUCGGGAUAGCUCAGGUGUAACGUGCUGGAAGUGCAAGGAGGUGGGGCAUUUUAGGAAUCAAUGCCCAAAUGAUAAUAAAGUGAACAUUGCUAAAGGCUCUGCGAGUGACGAGGAGGUCACUCUGACUUGCUGUGAGGAAAGCAAUGUGGAUUCCUGGGUCAUAGAUUCUGGUACUUCAUUUCAUGCUACCCACAGCGGUGAAGCAUUGCAGAAUCUAGUUGUUGGGGACUUUGGAAAGGUACGACUAGCGGACGACAGUGCUCUUGAUGUGACGGGUAUGGGUGAUAUAGUGCUGAAGACCUCAGUCGGUCUCUGGACUUUGAAGGAUGUUAGAGUGGUUCCAGCCUUGAAGAAAAGUUUGAUUUCUGUCAAGCAGUUGGACGAACAGGGACACAAGGUUAAGUUCAGAGAUGGGCAGUGGAAGGUCGUGAAAGGAAAUCUUGUCAUGGCCUGUGAAAAAAAAGAGAGGUUCGCUGUAUAUGGUCGAGUUACCCUCUGAGGGAGUGACCGUCCCAGUUCAGAAGAGAAACAAAGUCCGGUUCACAGAGUCUCGUGGGCAGAAUAAGGUUGUCUGUGCAAGAGAGAAACCUAGAGCCACUGGUCAGACUCAGGAUGAACGAGCGCGGAAAGGUUCAAGGGGGCCAGUCAGAGGUAUUUAUGGCAGUGGGAGCUCAAGAGGCGCUUCAGCCAAGUUGCCUAGAAGACAGUGGGUCAGAAGAACCAGUAUUCCAGCUGUUGGAACAUCUCCGGAAAAUUUCUUGCUGAGUACGGAGAGUGUUUGUUCUCAGGAUGUUUCAGGAUCCGGCAGUGUGCAUCUGUAGUGGGAGCCGGUAGGGACCGAGGACGAGUCAGUGGCAGAUUUUGUCGUGACUGAUGUGUUGGAGCUUGGGAGAGCUUCAACGGGCCUUUCAGUUGUCUGAUGAUAGGGCCGCUGCAACAAGAGAGCUGAAGAAGAUUACUCGAUAUACAGGCAAUCGUGGUGGAUGGCAGUUGAUGACUAUCAAGCCUCCAAGUGGGAGAAUGUUGGGCUUUGUGGAGGCUUGUUUGUCGGCCCGGCCCAGUUAUGCGUAGCCCUAGUUUUUCCCUUAUAUAUAGAGGGCUUGUAUUUGUAAUCUUGACAGCACAAGUGAAAUAAGAAAAUCCUCCUGUUGCAGCUGUGGAUUAGGGAAACCGAACCACGUUAAAUUCUUGUGUGUCGUUUGUGUUCCGUUUCUCUCGUUUCUCGCAGAUAUUUGUGUGUGUUGUGUGUUGUGUUUUUGUUUCCCAACACAAACCAGGUGCUGUCCUCAUGGUUUGCCGUGCUUGUGGCAAGAAAGGCGAUCAGUGGACAUCUAAGUGCCCCUACAAGGAUCUUGUCCCUCAAAAAACAGUCAGCUUUCUUGAAAACCCACCAACCUCGGAUGCUCCUGGUGUAGGACCCGGCACCUCAAAAGGAACUUAUGUUCCACCGAGCCAGAGAGUGCUCGGUGGCUAUGGGUAUGAUAAUCUCAUUCUCCACGUUGAGUGGGCCACCCCUAGAGCAAACUAGGACUAGUUUUAUCUUGCCUUUUAUUAACAGAAUUUCGGCUUUGAGAACUUU